AUCAUGUCGCAGACGGUUAAAAUGCCAAGUCAGUGUGUGACCGUGAUGGGCCUCCAUCCUUGUAACAUACUCAAAAGACUUGACAAGAGGCUAUCGUUUGCCUUGGUGUACCUUGAACUUGGGACUACAUAGGAAGGGUAUAUAUAGCUUCACUGGACUGAACCUCGUUCGCCUGGCGUUCUUUGAAAGUGGUGAUUCGGGGCAGCGUAUUCGCUGUGACUACGUGGCGUAGAGCUGCUGGAUUGAAGAGUUGAAUCUACGAUCGGGCCCCGACUUAGCGAAAGCACAUCAUGGGCCUCUUCCGCUUCUUCCUGGCCAUCUGGUACAUUCUCGUGGGCUUUGUGAAGUUUCUCACCCCAAGGUUUUUGCGCAAACGGAAGGACGUGAGCGGGGAGAUAGUGCUGAUCACCGGCGGGGGUAUGGGCAUGGGCCGCCUCUACGCUAUCGAGUUUGCUAAACGCGACGCCAACGUCGUUCUGUGGGACGUCAACACGGCAGCUAACGAAGAGACAAGUCGCAUGAUCCAGGCCUUCGACGGGAGAGUAUCGGCCUACACGGUGGACGUGACCAACGCCGAUGAGGUGUACAAGACUGCGGCCAAGGUCAAAGCUGAAAUCGGUGACGUCACCAUCUUGGUGAACAAUGCCGGGGUGGUGACGGGCAAACUUCUCUUGGACUGUCCUGAUCACCUGAUCAGACGGACCAUGGACGUCAAUGCUACGUCACACCACUGGAUCUUAAAGGCCUUCCUGCCAGCCAUGAUGGCCAAUAACCGCGGCCACAUCGUCACCGUCGCCAGCCUCUGCGGCUACUUCCCGGUCAAGCGGAUGGUGGACUACUGCGCCAGCAAGUUCGCCGCCGUCGGCCUGCACAAGACGCUGCGGCUUGAGUUGCUGCUGGAAGGCUACGACGGCAUCAACAUGACGCUGGUCUGCCCGGCCUACGUCAGCACGGGAAUGUUCGAAGGCGUGACCGCAGAGUUCCUAGCCCCAGAGUACGUGGUUUCACAGGUAAUGGACGGUGUGCUUCUGAACGACCAGACUGUGUUCGUACCAAGAUACGCCCCAAUUAUGAUGUUACUUGAUAUGAUAGUGCCUGAAGAGCUCAGUCUCAUGGCCCAACGAAGCAGUGGUAUGGCGGCAAGCAUGGACACCUUCACCGGGCGGAACAAGAACGACUGAGACGUCAUGGAUCCAAACGAAUGACGUCACAGGGAACGAUGCUUCAAGUAGCAAACGAUUGGAAAAUCGUCCUUUCCUACUUUAGUCUUCAGCGAAUUUGUAGUAUUCAUUUUAUUGGCAAAUAUCAUUCUAGCUUGUAAAAAAGAGAUCAUGGCAGCCUUUUAGAAUAAUCGUGGGUGACAAAUCCAUGCUUUGUUUAAUAUGAAAAUACGAUCUUAACUUUUAAAUAUCGUAAAAUUGAUAUUGCAAUAACUAUAUGCGUUGUGGAAAAACAUUGUAAGAUUUGAGAUGGAAAUCUUACAUGCGCUCAGCAAAUCUUCAUGUACAGUUCCCAAGACUGAUUGGCUUUUUUUUUUAUUGAUGAAUCGUGUGAAGCUUUUCUUUUCCAGUCCAUAGUCCACCAUGAGCAGUCUCCCCCAUCGGUUGAAAAGAGCCAUUUUGGUCGAGGGUAGGCUAUUCUUUUUGCUGGUAGCAAUGCAACCGUAACAAGUG